AUGGGACCAAGUUUAAUGAUCCUGCUUCGUUUGAUCCUGGCCAUGUACUUCAUCAGCGAAGUAAGUAGAUCUGUAUUUCAACGGCUUAAAACUGAGAAUACAUUUCAGGCAGUUUCCCUAGUCGAGUUCAAGAAUAUUAAGUGUGAAUCCAUGGAUAAGGAGUUUUGCACUUUUGAAUAUUGCCUCCUAAAGUCUGUAAAUCGUACAUACAAAUACUUUUCACUUCGAGCCAAUCUUUUGAAAGUCCCUGUAACUAAUUGUAAGGUCAAUGGAGCGCUGUACCAACGGCACAAUGGAUACAAGCCCUUCCUCUACAACAUCACAGUGGACGCCUGUAAAUUUGUGAGUAACCAGAAGACAAAUCGUGUUGCAGAAUUUUUGUUCAAUUCUUUUAAAAGAUUUACGAACCUGAAUCAUUCAUGUCCCUACGAUCAUGACAUUGUGCUGGAUAAAGUAACUAUAGGAUCGGUAAACAACUUUUUGACCAAGGCUCUUCCUUUUCCGGAUGGAGAUUAUAUGCUGGAAACGGACUGGUAUACCAAUGGCAUUAGGAGAGUCGUAUUUAAAGUAUUUAUGUCUCUUCGGAAUUGA